GCUCUCGAUUGCCAUGGCCGCCGGAACACCCGAAACGACAUCGGUGCACGCCAACACGAGCAUCAUGCAAGGCGGUGGCGCCUACAACGAAACCGCGGUCGUUCAAAUGACGCUUGUCGACUACACCAAAACGCUGCUGCACACGCAGCUCGAUCGGUACAUCACGACAUUGCCGUCGACUUUGCAUGCGCUCACUGUGCGCAUCGCCGACCUUGGCGCGUCCGAAGGCCGCAACUCGGUGGCGCUGUUAUCGACAGUGCUUGGUUACCUCGAGUCGCGCCUGCCAUCGUCCAUGGAGCGCGAGUACUUUGUCAUGCACGAAGAUCAACCCGACAACGACUUUGCGUCGCUCCUCUCGACGCUGCGGGCGCCCACGUCGUACGUGCAGUCGACACCGAACGUCUACACGAGCGUGAUCGCCAAGAGCUUUUACGAACGCCUCUUGCCGUCGUCGUCGGUCGACAUUGUUGUCUCGUACAUAUCGCUGCAUUGGAUGUCGGCGAUCCCGAUGCCGCUGCCCGGGAACUACAUGACGCUCAACGCGCCGACGCGCGCCGCGCUUCCCGACGUUUGCGCAGCGUGGGCUGCCGCGUCGCACCGCGACUGGGUCCACUUCUUGCGUCUCCGUGCGACCGAGCUCGUGGAUAAUGGCGCCAUGUGUCUCACGAUGGCGGGGUUCGCCGACCACGCUGUCCAAGUGGCGUGGGCCGACGUUGUACCGAAAGCGCUUGUCGAGUGCGUCCGCCUCGGGUGUCUCUCGCAGGCAUCGAUGGACAAGAUGACGCUUGGCGCGUACCUCCGGACGUGCAACGAGGUGCGCGCGGGCGUCGCCGAGGUGCCGGAUUGGGAGCUCCACGAGUGCCAAAUGAUCGACAUGCCAAUUUUGGUGCCGACUGCGAAAGCCGGCGCGGCCUUUAUGGUGGCGACGACGACGCCGUCGAUUGUCUCUGUCAUGACGCCCGACGAGCGCAACAACUCGGUGUUCCACGCAACGUUGGCCGCGCAACUGGAGAAGCAGUUUGAACGCAACGUGACGAUGGACGGCGUGACCAAGCCGCUGUAUGCGCUCUUGGAGAUGCGCUACUUGUACUGCGCGUUGACGCGCAAGCCGCGCACGGCAUCGAUGAAGGCAUGAGGACAAUACCGUUGUCGUUCACAGUCUCAAUACCAUCGAUUCCGAAAUGACACUUGCCACAAUAUAACGUUAGUACAUUUUUAGUGUUGUCAAGGGA